GACACUACAUAGGUUUUGUCGUAGAAAUUAUUUCAAUAUGACUUCUUCGUUCACUAUCUGGUCUCCAGCCUUUGGAAGUAACCAGAAGAUGCCAAAGAAAUAUACUGCAGAUGGUGAAAACAUCUCCCCGCCAUUGGAGUGGUCUGGAAUUCCAGCUGGAACCAAAAGUCUUGUCUUGAUCAAUGACGAUCCAGAUGCACCAGAUCCAAAGGCUCCUAAAUUCACUUAUGUACACUGGAUAGUAUAUAAUAUUUCUCCAAAUUGUAAAAAGCUCGAAGAAGGUUCAAAACCUGGCUCUGCUUCUUGGCCACAAGGAGCAAAAGAAGCCUUGAAUGACUUCAAAAGAACUUCAUACGGAGGUCCAGCUCCUCCAGUCGGAGUUCAUAGAUAUUUCUUCAAGUUAUAUGCAUUGGAUAAGAGUCUAGAUGCUAAUGAGCAGUUAGAUAAAAGAAAGAUAGAAGCUAUGAUGACGGGCCAUACUUUAGGACAGACUCAAGUUGUUGGUUUGUAUGGUCGUUAAUGUGCUGUGUAAUUGUUUGCAUUUGCGUGUUUUGUUUUACUCUUUGUGAGAAAGUAAAUCAAUGAUGGAAUCUCAGAGGAAAACAAUC